UUGGUGCUCUGCCGCCACGAUGAGUCAACAUGGAGACUCCAAAGACCGGACUCACCAGAUGGCUACACGCCCCUCACAUGAGGUAAGGCCUGACUCUCCUGCACCCAGCUGUGUGUCCAUGAAGAGUGACCAGUCAAUGCAUCGGCCAAUCGACCUCAAAGAGAGGGAAAGGUCCCCUACUAUUGGCCCCUCACAUAAGGUAAGGCCUGACUCUCCUGCACCCAGCUGUGUGUCCAUGAAGAGUGACCAGUCAAUGCAUCGGCCAAUCGACCUCAAAGAGAGGGGAACGUCCCCUACUAUUGGCCCCUCACAUAAGGUAAGGCCUGACUCUCCUGCACCCAGCUGUGUGUCCAUGAAGAGUGACCAGUCAAUGCAUCGGCCAAUCGACCUCAAAGAGAGGGAAAGGUCCCCUACUAUUGGCCCCUCACAUGAGGCAAGGCCAGACUCUCCUGCACCCAGCUGUGUGUCCAUGAAGAGUGACCAGUCAAUGCAUCGGCCAAUCGACCUCAAAGAGAGGGGAACGUCCCCUACUAUUGGCUCGUCACGUGAGGAGACCCCAGAGUCUCCAGCAUCCAGUCAUGCGUCCAUGACGACGGCCUGGCCAAUGGGGUCGCCAACCAAAAGAAAGAGGGACAGCUCGUCACGUGAGGAGACCCCAGAGUCUCCAGCAUCCAGAUAUGCGUCCAUGACGACGGCCUGGCCAAUGGGGUCGCCAACCAAAAGAAAGAGGGACAGUUCAUCUCAAGAGGACAGACCAGACUCUCAUGUGUCCAUGUGGAGUAGCAGGUCAAUGGAGCAGCCCACUCACCUGAGACAGAGCACCCAACAACAAAGACCCGAGUUGCAUGAUGAGCUGUCAUCUGUACUCAGGGAGGUUGAAUGUAAAGCGAAGGAGUUCUUGACCAAUGAGCUGAAGAGACUCACGAGUAACCUGACAAAUGAUUACCCAGAAUCCCCUUGUAGUGAGGAGGAUGAGGAGCACCAGAGAGAAGCCAGAGAUGGAGCUCUGAAAAUUGCAGUGCACAUCCUGAGGAACAUGAACCAGGAGGUCCUCGCUCAGCAGCUGGAGAAAUAUGGACUGGUUCCCAGAUGUCAAAACCACCUGAAAGGCCGACUUAAGGAGAAGUUCCAGAAAGUAUUUGAGGGAGUUGCAAAGCAGGGUCAACCUGCCCUUUUGGAAGAUAUUUACACAGAGCUCUACAUCAUGGAGGGGGAAAGUGUAGAGGUCAAUACUGAACAUGAGGUCAGACAGAUUGAGAUGGCAUCCAGGAGACAAAUAACAAAGAGGGAAACACCAAUCAAAUGUACUGACAUCUUCAAGCCCUUACCUGGACAAGACAACCCCAUCAGAACUGUGCUGACAAAGGGAGUUGCUGGCAUUGGAAAAACAGUCUCUGUGCAGAAAUUCAUUCUGGACUGGGCUGAAGAAAAAGCCAAUCAGGAUGUCACUUUCAUUCUGCCACUUCCUUUCCGGGAGCUGAACGUGAUCAAGGAUAAAACGUUGAGUCUUAUGAACGUCAUCCAUCUCUUCUUUCCAGAACUGAAAAGAUUAACCUUUUCUGAUGAAGACAAAAGCAAAAUAGUUUUCAUACUCGAUGGUCUUGAUGAAAGCCGACUUCCUUUGCAUUUCCAAACCAAUGACUACAUCUGUGAUGUAACAGAACCUGCAUCAGUGGAUGUCCUUCUCACAAACCUCAUCAAGGGGAAUCUACUUCCCACUGUUCUUGUGUGGAUCACCUCCCGACCAUCAGCAGCCAAUCAAAUCCCUUCUGAGUGUGUUGACCAGGUGACAGAAGUCCGGGGUUUCAAUGACCCACAGAAGGAGGAGUACUUCAUGAAGAGAAUCACAAAAGAGAAACUGGCAAUCAGAAUCAUCACACACCUAAAGUCAUCCAGGACCCUCUACAUCAUGUGUCACAUUCCAGUCUUCUGUUGGAUGUCAUCCACUGUUCUGGAGUACAUCCUGACUGAAGCAGAGAGUGGAGAGAUUCCAAAGUCUUUGACUCAGAUGUACACACACUUCCUCAUCAUACAAACCAGACACAUUAGUCUGAAGUAUGGAAACCGUGAUGCGGAUGCACUCCCGGAGACCCUUCUAUCCCUGGGCAAACUGGCUUUUCAGCAGCUGGAGAAGGGCAAUGUGAUCUUCUAUGAGGAGGACCUGAGAGAGUGUGGCAUUGAUGUCACAGAAGCAUCAGUGUACUCAGGGGUGUGCACCCAGAUCUUCAGAGAGGAGGCUGGACUGUACCAGGGGAAAGUGUUCUGCUUUGUUCAUCUCAGCAUCCAGGAAUAUUUGGCAUCACUUUAUGUGUUUGUCUGUUUCAACCGCAGAGAGACAAAUGCACCUGAUCACAGUCACGCCGCUCUACUUUCGGUUCUGUUUGGAUCUACGACAGUUCAAGACCUGCAGAAGACUGCUGUGGACCUGGCCUUACAGAGUCCAACUGGACACUGGGACCUCUUUGUUCGCUUUCUUCUGGGCCUCUCAGUGGAGUCCAGUCAGAAUCUCUUGCGUGACUUGCUGCCAAAUACAGUCUGCUCACCAAGCAGCACAGAAGGAACAGUCACGUGCAUCAAGCAGAAGAUCAGAGAAGCCCCCAACCCAGAGAGAUGCAUCAACCUGUUCCACUGUCUGAGUGAACUGAAUGACAACUCUCUGGUGGAGGAGGUCCAACGAUACCUCCAGAUGGGGAAGGGAUCCAGAGGGAAUCUCUCUCUUUCCCAGCUGUCAGCUCUGGCCUUUGCGCUACUGAUGUCAGAACAGGAUCUGAUGCAGUUUAAACUGAAGGAUUAUGGGGGACGUGGUUCACCUGCCAGAUCAGAUGCAGGUCUGCUGAGGAUGCUGCCAGUAGUCAAAGCAUCAACAAAAGCUGUGCUACAUAGCUGUAACCUGACAGAGAGCAGCUGGGUCGCUUUAGCUUCAGUUCUCAGGGCAAAGUCUUGCUGUGUGAAGGAUCUGAAUUUGAGUGGAAACAAAGUGCUUGACUCAGGAGUCGAGCUGCUUUGUACCGGCCUGGAGCAUCCAAACUGCAGACUGGAGAGACUGGAGCUGUGGGCAUGUGACCUCACAGAGAACAGCUGUGCUGCUUUAUCUUCAGCUCUCAGCUCAAACUCUUCCAGCCUGAGAGAUCUGAACCUGAAUGGGAAUGAGCUGCAGGACUCAGGAGUGGAGCUGCUUUCUACUGGUCUAAAACAUCCAAACUGCAAGCUGGAGAUACUGGAGCUGUGGGAAUGUAAGCUGAGCGAGAGCAGCUGUGCCUUUCUGGCCUCAGCUCUCUGCUGCAAGUCCACCAGUCUGCGAAAGCUCAACCUCAAGAACAACAAGCUGAGGGAUGCAGGAGUCAAGCAGCUGUACUUUGCUCUGGCGCAUCCAAACUGUAAACUGGAGACACUAGAACUGCAGGGCUGUAGACUCACUCAGGAGAGCUGUGCAUCCCUGGCCUCAGUGCUGCUCUCAGACACCUCCAGUCUGAAGACGCUGAUUCUCAAUGCCAACAACCUGCUGGACUCAGGAGUGGAGAUGCUGUCUGCUGCUCUAGGGCAUCCACACUGCAAACUGGAGAAACUUAAGUAA